AAAAACAUACGUUCGUUAUUUAAAAUCAAAAAUGGCAUGUGAAACGGAGUUACUUGCGGAUCUUGAAGUUCCUGCAGAUGCGUUGUCUGUUUUUGCAGAGUGUGGUGUAGAUACCGUUGCGUUGAUAACUUGGCCACGAGAACAAAUUGAACGAGCGCUUUCUCGUGCCGAGGUCAGUUGGAAAUUCGAUGUAAUAUGGACGUGGAUAUCGGAAUGGCGCAAAAGAAAUGAUCUAUCAAACGUAAUAUUACUGGAGAAAGAGCAUAUUUCCCAGGAGGAGGAGGAUAAAAAAGUAAAAAGUGCAAGUGAUCAGCAAUACGAAUACAAUUCAUCAUUUUACGAAAUUGAUACGGGCGACUUUAACCGUAAUGAUCGCAAGAGCGAACUGAAAGUGCAUGAAACGGAGCUUGAUUGUCACGGUGAUUUUGCUGUGACUACAGGAACAGCCGAAGACGUUGAGUUACUUUCGCCGGAUCAGAUGAAUUAG